AUGCCUCAUGGCAGUAUUUAUGUGCCGAGUGACAACGAACUAGAACCAGUGGAUCGUCUUCGAGAUAUAGACGAUAAGCCACACAAGGGACUUCGCACCAGACAAAAUAAGAAGGACGACCACAUUCUUGAUCGCCUCAAUACGUAA